CCCGGAGAAGCGCGAUCAGCCCAGGAAUGGGUUCCCGCGACCUAGCUGCGCAUGCUCGCCCCAUGACCCCUGCUUGAGGUGACUGCCAGAGCCGAGGCCGGAGACCCCCCAGCACCCGCGCGGAGGGACCCGCCGCGGCUCUGUCGCCGGAGAGGGAGGGCACGUUGCGGUCGGAUCUUAUCUGGUAUCCCAAAUUGCUUCUAGUCUGAACAACUUCUUAGUCUCCUUUCAUCUGUGAAGGAGUCAGUUUUCCCUUGAUUUUGAUGACCUUGACAGUUUUGAAGAAUAUCAGCUGGGCAUCUUAUAGAAUAUCCCUCAAGGAGAGAGUCCCUGGACUCCCAGGCUCCUGGACAGGGAAGAAGAGGAAAAGAAACCUAUUUGCUGAACGCUGAGCGUGGGUGACCUGAGGGCUAGCCUGUUGGUUCCAGGAUGUCGCUGCCCAAGUCCAGUGAUCAGGAGGGCAAGAGUGUGAAGGCUGACCAGGAGCCGUCCCCGGAGGCGAGCACGGAUGUCAUUCCGGCAGCCCCCAGGAAACCCAGGAAAUUCUCCAAACUGGUCCUGUUGACAGCCUCCAAAGACAGCGCCAAAGUGGCUGGGGCCAAGCGCAAAGGAGUACACUGCAUCAUGUCUCUGGGGGUACCAGGCCCUGCCACCCUGGCCAAAGCCCUCCUUAAGACCCAUCCAGAGGCUCAGCGGGCCAUUGAGGCAGCCCCUCAGGAGCCUGAGCAAAAACGCAGCAAGCUGGACCCUGACACAGGCAGCAAAGAAGACAGCGGAUUUGCAGCCAUGGAUCCCGCUGGGCAUGGGGAGCCAGCUGCCGCCUGCCCUGCUACACCCAGUGCGUCCUUGUAACCUUGGCAACGUGGCUACAGCUGCUGUGUCUUCACUGCCAAGGACUGGGUGGUUCUGCUAGUCCACAAGACUUCCCAGGCCAGGACGUCGGGGGAUUUUCACUUUCAACAUUGUGUAAUUUUUUAAAAAAUUUACAUCAAGCCUAAGGUACUUUUGUAAGGAGAAAAAAAAAAAAUCAAAAGGAGAAUUUAAAAGCUGUAUACUAUUACCCAUCAUGGACAGGUUUUAAACGUG